AUGGGCUGGGAUCUCCGUGCCCUCCCCAGAGCUUCCCUGGCUCCCCUCGCCCUGCUGGGCACGGGGACAGAGCGGCAGGGACGGGCUGGAGCUCGGGAGCAUCCCCAGGGAGGUUUGGGACAUCCCAAGGAAGGUUUGGGACAUCCCAAGGAAGGUUUGGGACAUCCCAAGGAAGACAUGGAGCGCCCCCAAAGAAGAUUUGGAGCUCCCCCAGGAAAGUUUGGAGCCUUCUGGGGAAGGUUUGGGGCAUCCCAAGGAAGAUUUGGAGUCUCCCAAGGAACGUCUGCAGCCCCCCAAGGAAUGUCUGGAGCCCCCCAAGGAAUGUCUGGAGCCCCCCAGCGAGGGCAGAGCGGGGUCGGGGCGUGGGCAGUGCCCGGGGGUCCCUCCUGCCCAGUUUGCACUAUGGACCCUGCCAGCCCUGGUGUGACCCUGGCUCCUCUUCCCGGGGGAAUUUUGGGACCCUUCCCCUCCGGCCGAGCCCCUUCCAGCCCCCCGAGGCCCUGCCGGGCUGUGGGUCCAGCCCCUGAGCCCCUCCCCAGCCCAGGCUCCCCAAUUCCCACUGGGGAUCCCCCAGGGAUGCCCAAAGCCCCUCGGUCCUGUCCCUGUCCCCGUCCCUGUCCCCGUCCCUGUCCUGGGGUGACAGGGGCAGAUCCAGAGCUCCAACCCGAGCCUUCCACCCCAAUUUCCCUUUUCCCAUUUCCUCAAAAGCCUUCCCUGCACCCCAAGGGUUCCCACCAGGAGCAGGCCCUGUCCCGGGGCUCUGGGGACAGGGGGGACAGGCCUGGGGACAGAGGGGACAGGCCUGGGGACAGAGGGGACAGAGGCCUGGGGACAGCGGGGACAGCCCUGGGGACAGCGGGGACAGCCCUGGGGACAGAGGGGACAGAGGCCUGGGGACAGAGAGGACUCAGCCCUGGGGACAGAGGGGGCCCAGCCCUGGGGACAGAGGGGACAGCCCUGGGGACAGAGGGGACCCAGCCGUGGCUGAGCUGGGCGUGGGGCAGCUCCGGCCGCGGGAGGAGAUUUUGUACAAAAACAAAACAAAAAAACCAAAAACAUUUUAAAAGAAAAAAAAAAAGGAAUCGAAACCUUGGUGUGGCUCAGGGUGGGGGUCCUGAGGGGGGUCCUGAGGGGGGUCCUGGGGGGGUGGAGGGACCUCCCAAGCUCCAUCCUGCUGGAAUCUACCCGGAGGAAUCCACCAUGCACAGAUUUUUGGGGCCUUUCCCCCCAAAAAUGGGUCAGAAGGGUCCUUAGGAUGAUAUUUUGCUCAUUUUAAGGGUUUUU